GCUGCUCAUUUCCGGUUCUCGCAGUCAACGUCACCGCUGACGUAUUUCCGGUUAUUCUGUCGAGAUGGUCAUGGCGGAGGGCGCUGCAGUUCUUAGGAGGAAUCGGCCUGGAACCAAGGCUAAGGAUUUCUACAACUGGCCGGAUGAGUCCUUCGAGGAGAUGGACAGCACCCUGGCCGUUCAGCAGUACAUUCAGCAGAACAUUCGGUCAGACUGCUCCAACAUCGACAAGAUCCUGGAACCUCCAGAGGGACAGGACGAGGGGGUGUGGAAGUACGAGCACCUCAGACAGUUCUGCCUGGAGCUCAACGGUCUGGCCGUCAAGCUGCAGAGCGAGUGCCACCCUGACACCUGCACCCAGAUGACUGCCACGGAGCAGUGGAUCUUCCUGUGCGCCGCCCACAAGACGCCCAAAGAGUGUCCUGCCAUCGAUUACACCAGACACACGCUGGACGGAGCGGCCUGCUUACUGAACAGCAACAAGUACUUCCCCAGCAGGGUGAGCAUCAAGGAGUCGUCGGUGGCCAAGCUGGGCUCGGUGUGUCGCCGCAUCUACAGGAUAUUCUCUCACGCGUACUUCCAUCACCGGCAGAUCUUUGACAAGUAUGAGAACGAGACGUUCCUGUGUCACCGCUUCACGCGCUUCGUCAUGAAGUACAACCUGAUGUCCAAGGACAACCUGAUCGUCCCCAUCCUGGAGGAGGAGGUCCAGAACGCCGCCCCCGCAGGCGAGAGCGAGGCCUAACGGGCUCUCAUGUACAGACACCCCCCCCCCCCCCCAUUCUGCUUCUAUACAAAUAUAUAUACAUGUAUAUUUACACACACUACAGUACAUUGUGACUCUGCCCCCCCCGUGUGUCCAGCACUGUCUGCAGGACAGGACUGUGCUUCAGGUGUUCUGGUCCGGGGCGGGCUCAAUCGACUGGGGGCGCUCAACCCCCCCUGCAUUAUUGUCGUGGGGUACUGGGCUUUGGCCCCCACUGCGGGAACGUGGCAGACCUGUAGGCUCCGUGUAACAUGUGGCGUGUGUCCCCCCCCCGUACUGUCCAUGCAGCCGCUGCUUCAGCUGCACGGAGCAGCAGAGCACAACACCCCCCUCCCUCAAUAAGUCACCGUGUGGGAGUAGCUAGCCCCCCCAUUUUGUUUUCUAAAUGGACUAAAUGAUUUUGUUACUGUCAACAUUUUCAUGUCUGUUAAUAAAAAUGUUAUUUAGAAGAUGA